GCUUGUGCCGAGGCCAUCUGCCUUGUGGUGAACAACAUCAUCCAGAAGCAGUCAUGGCCCAUCCCCGAGGCCAUCUCUACCAUCCUGGUGGGAAUCGCCAUGGGUGGUAUCGCUGCAGCCUUUCCCGAGGUCAAUCGGAACACCUUCCAGAAGCUGGAAGAUCUGUCGGCCAAGCAGUUCAUGCUGGUUUUUAUCGCGCCGAUCAUUUUUGCAGAGGGUUAUGGCAUGAAGAGCCAACAGUUCUUUGACAACAUCACGCGAAUUCUUUUGCAUGCGUUUCUGGGAACGGCAAUAUCCACCUUGGUGGUUGCCAUCAGCCUCCAUUGGCUGCCCACUCCACCAGUGCAGCUGAGCAUGGCCGAGUGUUUAGCCUUUGGAGCCAUGAUUAGCAGCACGGACCCAGUUACCACUCUGGCCAUCUUCAAAGAACAAAGAUUGGCAGAGAAUGGAAGGGGCCACCUCUACUACUCUGUCCUCGGAGAAUCCAUCCUCAAUGAUGCAGUGGCCAUCACCCUCUUCGGCAGCUUCGUCAACCUGGUGAAGUCUGGGGAGGCCGUGGAUGGCCAGGUUGCUUUGAGGAUCCUGUUGGAAUUCUGUGGCUGCUUCCUUGCAUCCACCCUGAUUGGUGUCGCAGGCGGUUUGGCCACGGCAUUGCUGCUGAAGACAGCACGUUUGGGGGCAGGCGCUUGUGAGGGCGAGCAUUUCUACUUUAAUGUUCCAGAACUUGGAGUCACACUAGUUAUGGCUUAUGUACCAUUCCUGGCUGCUGAAGCCUGUGACUUUUCCGGUAUCGUAGCCAUUAUGUUUGCCGGGAUCACUACUCGACACUAUGCGCACUUCAAUCUCACGCAGGUCACACGACAGAUCUUCUUGCCCACAGUGGAACUCAUUGCCUCGCUGUGUGAAACUUAUGUUUUCAUCCUGCUGGGUUUAGGCGUUUUUCUGAUGCGCCGGGCCUACAGCUGGCCGCUGAUUGGGUGGACUUUAUUGGCCUGUUUGGUUGGAAGGGCCUUGAAUGUGUAUCCACUUGCUCUUCUCACCAACAAGCUUUCUUCCGGCCCCAUCAUGUCGGUCAAGGAGAUGCACAUGGUUUGGAUGGCUGGGCUGCGGGGCGUGAUUGCCUUCAUUUGUGCUUUGGGCUUUCCCAAGCAGGAAGACCACCAAGACUACCUCUUGUGCACAACAGUGAUCAUGGUCGGCCUGUCUUUGGUGGUUUUGGGCUGGCCCACUGCCGGUGUGCUGCGCUGCCUGCAGUUGGAUUCUUCUGUGCCAGCGCAGGAGCCCCGACUGCCGCGUGUCUCCUGGUCCACCAUGCCGGGCUCAGCCUCGGUGCGAGGAGUUUCGCAAAGGCUGAAGAAACUGCUGAUGACCAACGACGCUGUAGCUGAAGAGGAGAUCAAUCUUUUUGAGGAAGCGAAUGGUGGCACUGGCGCAGCACCGGCGGUGCCACCCGGGCCAGCGCCCAGUACAGCCAUGGGCUGCAUGGGGUUGGGUAGCUUUGACGCUGGCCGCAGUGCUGCGAGAUGGUCAGCUCCUGGUGUGUUGGGAACGGUGCCCACUGAACGCAUGAGCCGUCUCAGUGCGCGCAGGACAUCAAUGCCCUGCAGAUCCUCGCGGAUGCUGUGCGAUAUGUAACGAGCAGGGCUUGCUUGCUCGUCACUGACUUGGCCUGGUGUCAGAAAAGAUGACUGAUGCUGGGUGUUUGGAGAAGUCCCGUUCCACGGAGUCAUUGGUUACUGGUUGAUUUGGG